AGUUCAGUUUUAGUCAUUAAUUAAUUCCUUGAUUCUUUUAUGCUUUAACUUUUGUAAUAAUCAUCCUCUGCUUCAAGCAACCUUUGAUUCCAGCCAGCAUUUUUUGUGUCUUUAAAACAUUCACAAAAUCCAUGCAGUACAUUCCUCAUAAUUCACUAUGAAAAUAUAAGCUAAAGUUCUUCGUUUAAUUUCUCGGUCGACAUACGAUUUUUAGGACAGAGAAAAUAUGGAUUUCAGGGAAAAGACGAGAGCAAGAAGCAAAUCGCUCGAAAUACAAGCUACGGAACGAGACCAUGUCUCGAUCGAAAUCACGAACGACAAUAUUACGCUUCAGUCCUCGAUCAAAGAAAAAAUGGAGUCCAUUUCUCUGUCACAUUGCAUCUACAAAGUUCACGAACAACUUUUCAGAGGUAACGAAAAUAAUUAUUUCCCCUCCUUAGUCUCAAUCGGCCCCUUCCACAACGGCAAUGAAACUCACAAACUCAUGCAAGAUAAAAAGUGGCGAUAUUUAAACACGUUACUAAAUCGAAAGCCGUACUCAGACGCAACUCUCGACACAUGCAUAAGGGCACUUAAACGAAUGGAGCAAAAAUCUAGAAACUUCUAUGGCGAAAAAAUCGAAAUGGUAAGCGAUAAUUUCGUAGAAAUGAUGUUAAUCGAUGGUUGUUUCAUAAUCGAGCUCUUUCUCGAGUUUGCCUUCAAGAGUUUAAGGCGUAGGGAUGAUAUUUGCUUCGGCACAAACGAUGUGAUUUUCAAGUUGAGAUGUGAUUUAAUAUUAUUCGAAAAUCAAGUCCCGUUUUUCGUUCUUGAAAAACUCUUCCACUUAGUCCCGAUUCCUAAAGAGUGUAACAUGUCACUCGUCGAGCUUUCAUUGUGUUUCUUCCGGAAAUUAAUCCCCGAAAAUCAUGCACAUUUUCCUCGGAAAAUAUCUAGCCCGCCUCAAACACUACAUUUAUUAGACCUAAUUCGACAGCAUUAUCUUCCUACAUCUCCACAAAUUCUUUCAAGUAGUAAUACUCAGAAGAAUAUUCCUCAUGCAACAAAUCUCGAUUCCCUCGGGAUAAGAGUCAAAAGGGCGAUUUCGGAAAGUCCGUUUAACGUGAGUUUUUACGAUGGAGAAUUAAAAAUCCCGUCUCUCGAAAUCCACAGCUACACCGAAAUCUUGUUCAGAAAUCUAAUCGCAAUGGAAAAUCACUACCCCGCAUGUUCGAAACACGUGACGUCCUACGUAGCCCUAAUGGAAAGGCUAAUCCAGUCCAAUCCGGAUGUGCGGUUUUUUCGUAAUAAGGAGAUUAUUAUCGAUGGUCACGAGAGAGAAGGUGAGAUUGUGUUUCUUUUUCAGAAGCUGCAUGUGGAUUUAAAUGUGAAGGAGUUUUACUAUAAUGGACUUUGUGAAGAGAUAAAUGGUUAUCAAUCAAGGAGGAUAGGAUUGUGUGGGAUUAUAAGGCAUGUUUAUCACAGGACUCGUUUGGGGGUUGCAGGAUUAAGUUUGGCUAUGUUGAUUCUGGUUUUUCUGUUUACUGGAGUGUUCUUCUCAACAGUUUAUUUUCUCCUUCACCAUUUUCAGUAGGAGAUUAAAUAAAUAACUUAUUUAUUUAUUUAUUUUUAGCUAUUUUUAUAAUAUUAGUUGGCAUUUUUCCAGUUAUGUUGUGUGGAGAAGAAUUUUUUGUGUGCUUUCUAAUUUUCUAAUAUUUAUGUUACAUUA